UAAGCAUGUGACGUAUUCUCCCAAAAUUCAAAUUCUCACUCCCUCUUCUCUAACGACUACAUUUCUCGCUCUCUCUCUCUCUCUGCUUCUCUCUCGCGACCUUGCCCUAACCCUCCCUUUAUCUUUUUAAGAAUACUCCGCUUCUCUCUGUAGGGUUUCCACUUUAGAUCUAACAAUGAAGCCAAGAAACACGAUCUUGAGAGAAGCUGAUACUACACCGACAUCAUCGUCGUCGUCGCCAAACCCUAGCUCGCUCAAAUCGAAGUCGUUGCGGAAGCAGAAGGCGUUCAAGGAGAACAAUCCACCGCCAGAUCAGGCUUCAGUAAAUUCUGACCACAAGCCCUCGCCUGCGGCGGUCAAAAUGAAGAGUCCGCUGCCCCCUCGUCCGCCACCGUCGAACCCUCUCAAGCGCAAGCUCAGCAUGGACACUGUUCCUGAGAAUGUCAUCACUGGUUCCUCGGAUUCUGGGGUUAAGGUGAUAGUGCGGAUAAGGCCGCCAAAGGAUGAGGAAGAAGGAGAAACUAUAGCUAAAAGAAUUUCUAGUGACUCUUUGUCAAUCAAUGGACAGACAUUUACAUUUGACUCGGUUGCAGAUACAGAUGCAACACAGCAAGAUAUUUUCCAGCUUGUAGGAGCAUCUCUUGUUGAAAACUGUCUGGCUGGAUUUAACAGUUCUGUCUUUGCAUACGGACAGACUGGAAGCGGAAAGACUUAUACCAUGUGGGGCCCAACCAAUGCUUUGUUAGAAGAAAACUUGGGAAGUGAUCAACAAGGAUUAACACCACGUGUCUUUCAGCGGCUCUUUGCUCGCAUAAAUGAGGAGCAAAUUAAGCAUGGUGGCAAGCAACUUAAUUAUCAGUGUCGUUGUUCCUUUCUUGAGAUAUAUAAUGAACAAGUAACAGAUUUGUUGGAUCCAAGUCAAAAGAACCUCCAGAUAAGAGAAGAUGUCAAGUCAGGCGUAUAUGUUGAAAAUCUAACAGAGGAAUAUGUGUGCACAACAAAAGAUGUCACUCAGCUCCUGAUAAAGGGAUUGUCAAAUAGGAGGACUGGGUCAACUAGUAUAAAUGCAGAGAGUUCCCGCUCACAUAGUGUUUUUACUUGUUUUGUUGAGUCUCGAUGCAAGAGUGUGGCAGAUGGCAUAAGCAGCUUGAAAACUAGCAGAAUAAAUCUUGUUGAUUUGGCUGGAUCAGAGCGACAAAAGCUAACUGGUGCUGCAGGGGAACGGUUGAAGGAAGCAGGGAAUAUUAACCGGUCACUAUCACAGCUUGGGAACUUAAUAAAUAUUCUAGCUGAAGUUUCUCAAACGGGAAAGCAAAGGCACAUUCCAUACAGAGAUUCCAGAUUGACAUUUUUGCUGCAGGAAUCUCUUGGUGGCAACGCAAAACUAGCAAUGGUCUGCGCCGUCUCUCCAGCACAAAGCUGUAAAAGUGAGACUUUCAGCACAUUGAGAUUUGCACAGCGCGCAAAAGCAAUCAAGAACAAGGCAAUUGUUAAUGAAGUGAUGCAAGAAGAUGUGAAAUACUUGCGUGAAGUGAUCCGACAGCUAAAAGAAGAAUUACAUCGAAUGAAGGAAAAUGGCAACAAUCAUCCCACAGAAUCAAAGGGAGGAUACUCGACAGAGUGGGCUCGCAGAAGUUUAAAUUUGUUAAAACUUAGUUUGAACCGUCCAAUGAUGUUAUCUCAUAUUGAUGAUGACGAGGAUGUUGAGAUGGAAAUUGACGAGGAAGCCGUGGAGAAACUCUGCAUUCAAGCAGGUCUGCAAUCAGAUAGUAAUGAAGAUCACGGCACAUUGGUUGAAAGUGUAUGCGCCACAGAACAUGUUUGUGAAGAUAUUGAUGUUAAAAUGGAAGAGGGAAUAUCUGAAGACAUUGAGAAGGAUGAAAAGAUGAUUAUUGAUUGUGACAAACCUGUUACAGGAAUAUCAUGUACUUACAAUACUACUGGCCUUGUACAUCAAAAUGUGACAGAGAAAGAAAAAGAAAAUUUGGUCCACUUAUCUGUUGACACACUUGGUCGUCAAUGCUCCGGACAGUCCACUGAGGAAAAAAAGAUUACUAGUUCUGCUGUAGCCAGAUUAUCCAAGGAUGAAUCACCAACAAAAAUGGUUGGGAGUGGCUCUUCUUGCCAGGUUUUUGAUCCUCAAAGUAGAAUUUCUGCUGGCAUUACAGAAGAUGUAGUUAGUGACUCACAUCGUGAUUCAGUGAAUUGUGUUUCUCCUCCUCUCAGUGUAGGUCCAUCUGAUGUGUCACCAGUUUUUAAAUCUCCAACUCUGAGUGUCUCCCCAAGACUAAGCAACAGCCGGAAAAGUUUGAGGACUUCAUGGGCAUUAACUGCCUCACAAAAGGAUCUCAAGGAUGGUAAAAUCUUAGGUCCAGAGAAUUUACAAUUAUCGUCUUUAAAAUCCUUGAAAGGCAAGUCAAUGGCUGCACUUUCUGCUCAAGAUAAUAAGCAUUUUACACCAACUGACAAUUUGGCAGCUAGCCUCCAUCGUGGCCUCGAAAUUAUUGAUAGCCAUCAACAGAGUUUGGUAUUGAGGCCAUCUUCGUUUAGGUUUUCCUUUAAACCCACAGAAACUAAGCUGAUUUUCCCUGUUGACAAAGUUAAUGUGGCUGUGCAAACUCUUCCCGAAGAUGAUGUACAAACGAAAGAAGAUACAUUAGUAUUCCUAUGCAGUAAUUGCAACAGCAAAACAAAGCUUGAGGAGAAAGGGGCCAACGAAAGCUCAGACCUGCAGCUAGUACCUGUCGAUGGCUCUGAGUCUAUUGGAAAAUUAAAGAAGCAAGUUCCCAAAGCAGUGGAGAAAGUUCUGGCUGGAGCCAUCAGAAGAGAAAUGGCAGUUGAAGAGUUUUGUGCUAAACAAACUGCCGAGAUAGUGCAGCUUAAUCGUUUGGUGCAACAGUACAAGCACGAAAGGGAGUGCAAUGCCAUAAUAGGGCAGACAAGGGAGGAUAAAAUUAUUCGCCUGGAAAGUCUUAUGGAUGGCAUUUUACCCACUGAGGAAUUCAUGGAGGAAGAAUUAGUGUCACUCACACAUGAACAUAAGCUUCUGAAGGAAAAAUAUGAGAAUCAUCCUGAAAUUCUGCGAACAAAAAUUGAGUUGGAAUUAGCUCAAAAUGAGCUGGAACGUUAUCGGAAUUUCUAUGAAUUGGGUGAGAGGGAGGUUUUGUUGGAAGAGAUACAAGAUUUAAGACACCAGCUACAGUUUUAUAUAGACUCAUCCUCAUCAACUCGAAAUCGAAAUUCAAUUCUGCAGCUGACCUAUUCAUGUGGGCCGACUUCAGCUCCAUUUCUUGGGGAAAUCCCCGAGUCAACUAAUGAGAGUGCUGAAGGGACACUUGAGCAGGAGAGAGAGAGUGCUGAAGGGACACUUGAGCAGGAGAGAAUUCAUUGGACUGAAGCAGAGAGUAAGUGGAUAUCUCUUGUUGAGGAAUUAAGACUUGAUCUUGAAGCUAGUAGGUCACUAGCUGAAAAACAAAAGCAAGAAUUGGAGACUGAGAAGAAAUGUGCGGAAGAGUUGCAGGAGGCAAUGAGGAUGGCUAUGCAGGGACAUGCCCGCAUGCUUGAACAGUAUGCAGAUUUGGAGGAAAAACAUAUUCAAUUGCUUGCAAGGCAUAGGAAGAUGCAGGAAGGAAUUGAUGAUGUUAAGAAAGCAGCUGCUAGAGCUGGAGUCAGAGGUGCUGAAUCUAGGUUCAUAAAUACCCUUGCUGCAGAAAUUUCAGCACUGAAAGUGGACAGAGAAAAAGAGAGGCGUUACCUUAGGGAUGAAAACAAAGCACUUCAGGCUCAAUUGAGGGAUACUGCUGAAGCUGUGCAGGCUGCAGGGGAAUUACUCGUGCGCCUUAAAGAAGCAGAAGAGGCUGUAACUGUGGCCCAGACACAAGCCUUGGAAGCUAAGGAAGAGACUGAGAAGGCUUAUAAACAAAUUAAAAGGUUGAACAGAAAGCAUGAGCAUGAAAUUAGUACUCUAAAUGGGCUACUCGCUGAGUCUCGUCUACCUAAAGAAGCGAUACAAACUGCUUACAAUGAUUCUGAGAUGGCCGCAUUUGAUGCACAAAAGCCCACUAGUACAGGAGACCAACAAUGGAAGGAGGAGUUUGAACAUUUUUAUAACGGAGAAGAUGGGGAGUUUUCUAAACUUCCCGAAGCUUCGUCUUGGUUCUCUGGUUAUGAUCGAUGCAAUAUAUAGGGAAAGUUCAGAAAGAAUGUAAUAUUGUAUUUGUAUUGUAGGUUAAUCACCAGGUCUUGGUUCUCGUAUUGUGCGAUUUGUAUUUCGAAUUCAUUUUCUUCCAAUACAUAAAAGUAUAUCCAAUGAUUUUAAAAGUGUAUAAUUUUGUUAAAGGCAGUAUGUACUUGUGUUCU